UCUCUCUCAUGAUUGGUCCAGGUGGAAGAGCAGAGCCCUCGGAUUGGCUGCCGGCUCUAUUCGGGUGGCUCUAGGACAGGUUAUGGUUUAGGCCGCGGCUGGAGCCAGGGGCUGUCAGUUGGGUUCGUUGCGGAGUCAGGUCCGCUGGAAAAUGGGGGGCCGGGCACUGCGGACUCUGCUGGUUUUUGGCCUUUCCUGUGGGGUCAUAGCGACUCUUAUCGGAUACGGAGCAUCCCAGACCGUGACUGAUAAUGAAGAUGAAGGUGACACUGAAGACAUCCCGGAGAUUCCAGUACCUGACCCAGAGACGGAGUCUGCGUACCCCACUGGAGACCAACCAAAGUCCGAGUCCUUACAUGUGCCCGAUUCUGUGGAGCAGGAGAACGAGAAGUCCGCAUGGUGGGCUGAGAGUGAGGUCCCGCAGGACAAUACUGAGACUGAUGUAGGGGCAGCAGAGCGUUCUUGGUCCUCGGAGUCUGUAAAUCCAGACCUGGAGACACCACAGGCUGAAUCUGACACAACCUCUGAGACCACACAGACUGUCACUUUCCUGGACAUCACCGACGGUCUGGAGGAGGAAGGGGGGUCCGAGAGCUUGUCUCUGGAUAUGGGCUCUUGGCAGGAAGAUACAACGGAUCAGGAGAAGAGAGAGGCGGAUAAAGCAGAGCUCCAGAAAACAGUCAUCGGCGGCACCUCUGACGGGGAACCCUGCCACUUCCCCUUCCUGUUCAUGGAGAGAGAAUACGCAGAGUGCACUUCUGACGGGCGAGAGGAUGGCAGGCUGUGGUGCGCAACCACUUAUGACUACAAGAGCGACCUGAAGUGGGGUUUCUGUGAAACGGAAGAACAGGCCGCUAAAAGGCGACAGAUGCAGGACGCCGAGGACCUUUACCAGUUGGGGAUGAAAAUACUGAACGAGAGCACAAAGAGAUCUCAGAAGAAAGAGGCUUUCCAGUAUUUCCUGAAAGCCUCUGACUUGAACCAUGGAAAAGCGAUGGAGAAGGUGGCUUAUGCGUUACUGUUUGGGGACCCUCUGAAACAGAAUAUCCCUGACGCCAAGGAUCUCCUAGAGAAACUGACUGAGCAGGGAUCACCUAGAGGGCAAACGGCUCUGGGAUUCCUGUAUGCAUCUGGUCUAGGCGUGAAUUCCAGUCAAGCAAAGGCCCUGGUGUAUUACACGUUUGGCGCGCUGGGAGGGAAUCUGAUUGCGCACAUGGUUCUGGGUUAUCGCUACUGGGCUGGGAUCGGUGUUCUACAAAGCUGUGAAUCUGCCCUCACACAUUACCGCUUGGUGGCAAAUCAUGUGGCAAGUGACAUCUCGCUCACAGGCGGCACGGUGGUGCAGAGGAUUCGCCUGGCGGAUGAGGUGGAAAACCCCGGCAUGGCUAGCGGAAUGCUGGAGGAAGAUUUGAUCCAGUAUUACCAAUUUCUGGCUGAGAAGGGAGAUGUCCAAGCUCAGGUAGGACUGGGGCAGCUACACCUACACGGGGGACGUGGAGUGGAGCAAAAUCACCAGAGAGCUUUCGAAUACUUCAAUCAAGCGGCCAAUGCUGGGAACUCUCACGCCAUGGCGUUCCUGGGAAAGAUGUAUUCCGAGGGCAGCGACACCGUGUUGCAGAGCAAUGAAACCGCUCUACAGUACUUCAAGAAAGCUGCAGAUAUGGGAAACCCCGUUGGUCAGAGUGGUCUGGGCAUGGCGUACCUGUACGGCAGAGGAGUCCCUGUGAACUACGACCUGGCGCUGAAGUAUUUCCAGAAAGCCGCUGAGCAGGGCUGGGUGGACGGGCAGCUCCAGCUGGGCUCCAUGUAUUACAAUGGUGUCGGAGUAAAGAGAGAUUAUAAACAAGCUCUGAAGUAUUUUAACCUGGCGUCCCAAGGGGGUCACAUUUUGGCAUUCUACAAUCUGGCUCAGAUGCACGCCACUGGCACCGGAGUCCUGCGAUCCUGCCAGACUGCAGUAGAACUGUUUAAGAACGUGUGUGAGCGCGGCCGCUGGUCGGAGAGGUUGAUGAAUGCGUAUAACAGCUACAAGAAUGGGAACUCCAACACAGCCGUCGUGCAGUACCUGUUAUUGGCUGAACAGGGCUAUGAGGUGUCGCAGAGCAACGCGGCCUUCAUCCUGGACCAGCAAGAAGCCAGUCUGUUUGGUGAGAACGAGACUUUCCCAAGAGCUCUCCUGCACUGGAACCGGGCAGCCGCACAAGGUUGGUUCUCUAGAGGAUACACGGUGGCUCGGCUGAAGUUGGGGGAUUAUCAUUUCUACGGCUACGGAACGGAGGUAGAUUAUGAGACGGCAUUUAUCCACUACCGCCUGGCCUCUGAACAGCAGCACAGCGCCCAAGCCAUGUUUAACCUAGCAUACAUGCAUGAAAAGGGCCUGGGCAUCAAGCAGGACAUCCAUUUGGCCAAGCGAUUCUACGAUAUGGCGUCUGAGGCCAGCCCGGAUGCCCAGGUUCCCGUGUUUCUGGCACUGUGUAAACUGGGCAUCCUGUACUCGCUGCAGUACCUCCGAGAGAUGAAUGUGAAGGAGAUGCUCUUGCACGUAGAUAUGGACCAGUUACUGGGGCCAGAGUGGGACUUGUACCUCAUGACUAUCAUCGCCUUGCUGCUUGGGACAGUCAUUGCAUAUCGGCAACGGCAGCCGCAGGUAGUGCCAAGACCCCCAACGCCUGUGCCGAGACCACCGCAAGACCCUGCCCCCGCACAACAAGACCAACCCCAGCAGCCUCAGGAAGCUCAGCAACCACAGUGAGAACAUUGUUUCACGUUACCACAGACUGUCAUGGCGGUGGCUCGUUUCGGCGUAGGGUCUGGACAUAUGCAACCACUUGGCAACACUGACGGAUCUCUGAAGCGAAACAAGAUUCCUUCUGGGUUUUGCCACCUCUCAUUUAUUUUGGUUGUUCUACGCUGUAUAAAGAAAUCUAUUUUAAGCAGCGGAGCACAGUCCGCCGGGAUCGCCACUAUUUAUUAAAGACUUCCAGCAACCAAGAGGGCAAAAAACUUUACUGAAGAAAUAUUCUGAGAGAGCUUAUUAUUUUAUCGUAAACUCCGGGCUUCUGUAAAAGCGCCAACAGUUUGUCGUCAUCCACCUGACCACACAGCCGUUCUGCUGCCGGCCUGCCUCUGGUUAACGUGGCCUGACUGGUGACGUGUUUGACCUGGCGUACGGGUAUUAUUUGCUCCUACAAAUUGUCCUGGACCCUCCGUUAUCUCAGCAACACCUUGUUCGCCAAUAGCAGCGUCUUCAUUGUUUCAUUAUUAUUUUGUAGAGCCCGCCCCCCCCCCCCCCCCCAUUACAGUUGUCUUUCUUCCUGGCACCUGAGCGAACGUUUUGAUGCACUAAGGACUCUGUAUUGUUCCGGUAACUGCUGGCUUGUGGACUAUGUCAGAUGUUUGCUGUGUGCCCAUCGCUACCUGCAGUACACAUGCUGAAGUUCCCGCAGCCUAGUGACUGGGAAGUGCUGCUGUGUUUCUUAAUGAUAAGUGCAGGGCUUAGCAGGGGCUGUAAAUUAUGACCAGGCUUGUGAGUUUUAUUUAAGUAAUAAAAUCCGUAAAAGGAA